CUCGCUGACUUUCUCUGCUGUUGUCAUCAAGAUGGAGUUCUUGUUGGGGAAUCCGUACAGCUCUCCCGUCGGACAGUGCAUUGAAAAAGCCACAGAUGGCUCCCUGCAGAAUGAAGACUGGACGCUCAACAUGGAGAUCUGUGACAUCAUUAAUGAGACCGAGGAAGGGCCCAAAGAUGCCAUGCGUGCGUUGAAGAAGAGACUCAACGGCAACAGAAACUUCCGUGAAGUGAUGCUGGCUCUAACCGUUCUGGAGACUUGUGUGAAAAACUGCGGCCACCGUUUUCACAUCCACGUCACCAGCAGAGACUUCAUCGAAGGUGUUUUGGUGAAGAUCAUCUCUCCGAAGACUAACCCUCCUGCUAUAGUACAGGACAAAGUGCUGGCACUGAUUCAGGCUUGGGCCGAUGCGUUCCGGAGUAGCCCAGACCUCACUGGAGUCGUGCACAUUUACGAGGAGCUCAAGAGGAAAGGAAUCGAGUUUCCCAUGGCAGACCUGGACACUUUGUCGCCCAUCCACACACCGCAGCGGGGAGUCCCAGAGGUAGAUCCAGGCACACACAUAUACAGAGCGCCCUCGCAGCCCAACACAGCACCUCAGGCGGCUGCAACAGCUGACUUCAACCCCAUCCAAAUCCCAUCAGUACCAGGACCCAUCACAGCAACCCCAGAGCAGAUCGCAAGGCUGAGAAGUGAACUGGACGUCGUGCGUGGGAAUAUUAAAGUGAUGUCGGAGAUGCUGACAGAGAUGGUGCCUGGCCAAGAAGACGCCUCUGAUCUCGAGCUACUCCAGGAGCUGAACAGGACGUGUCGAGCCAUGCAGCACAGGAUAGUGGAGCUCAUCUCUCGCGUGUCUAAUGAAGAGGUCACCGAAGAGCUGCUGCACAUCAACGAUGAUUUAAACAACAUCUUCCUGCGCUACGAGAGGUAUGAGAGAUACAGAGUAGGCAGAGCAGCACAGAACAACGGGGUGCCGAAUGAGGCUUCAGAGGAGGAUAAUCUGAUAGAUCUGUGCCCUGGUUCUCCAGCAGUGGUCACUCCUGGGGUCAGCGCUACACCCUCUCAUCCACCCACAUCCACCCUGCAGCCUCCUCCUCCUGCUGCAUCUCUCUCCACACAGCUGGCAGGACUGGAAGUGGGUGCAGACAGCGUCAGCCGGACCCUCAGCUCUCUGACCGCUCUCAACCCUCAGGACGACUUUGACAUGUUCGCCCACACCAGGUCCAGCUCUCUGGCUGACCAGCGCAAAAACGUUAAAUACGAGGAGCCUCAGGCUCUGGUGGGCCUGGCGUCUGCUUUAGACAUCAGACAGCAUAAUGCCACUGACCCGAAUGUAAAAGGUCCCAACGCUGAGUUGGAGCCCAUAGACAGCUGGCUCAUUACCCAAGGAAUGAUCCCCGUAUCGCAGUCCUCUGUCAUGGAUGACAUUGAGGAGUGGCUCUGUGCCGAUGUGAAGGGUGAAGAGGCCGAGGAAGGAGUCACGAGCGAAGAGUUCGACAAGUUCUUAGAGCGACGGGCCAAAAGCGCAGACAAGGCUUUAGCGUUGGCCCCUGCUGGAGAGCCCAGAGCUGCCCUGAGCACGUCUAGCAGCAGCCGCAGGAAGACACCGCAGACCGAGGACAAUCUCUUUGCCUUGUAGUACAGUGACGGGACAGAGGAUCACACCUUCAAAACGCUUGCUGUUCCUUUACAAACCUCCUGAAUGUGUCUUAUGUUCCCCGCACUGUGAGAAUCCAGCUUCAUGACAGCUAUAACCAGUCAAGCGAUGGCUUGAGCAAACAUGUAGCCUAAAUAAUUCUGUCUAGAGAGCCUGUUUGUUUGAUUCAUGUCGAAUGGAGUUUGGUUUUCUGUCGAAUGGAAAUUGGUUUCGUAUUUAUCGCUCGUUGAUGAACUAACGCUCUUAACGUUUGUCAUUGCAUGAGGUUCCCGUUCUGUGAGGUAUUCAUUGUGGCCGGUUCUUCUGUAGCGGUGAGUCAGCUGUGGAUUGUGGCUCGGCCUGUCUCUGUGGUAAACAGAGAGGCUCUGCUACAUUCCUGCACUCAUCAUGUGCGAAUUACCAAAGACAGACGAAUAAACGUGCUUUCUAUCGAUUAAGGUUUUUGUAAAAAUAUGUAGACUCUUUCCAAAUUGAAAGAGAUUACUCUUAACAUUUUAUUUGGAUUUAAAAAAAUAAUAAUCUUGAAUUAUAAUGACUUCAAUCUCGUUUUAUUUAUUUUUUCAUUAUUAUUGCUUGGCCCUAAUCCUCUUCCAUAACAUAUUAGUUUUAUUGUAUUUUUAAAUCAAAGUAAUGCAGUAUUUUGAGUAUAAGAGACUUCUUUCAAAAACAUAAAAAAAUGUAAUUAAUUGAAAAAACAAACCCCAAACUUUUGAACAGUAGUUCCUUAAAGUGAACCCUUAAAAAUGUGUUCACACCAGUAUUGUUUCAACUUUUCAGAGCAGUUUACGUAUAU